CCAUCCGACGGCCACGAGGCGCCCAUCGCCCCGUAUAAAGUCCCCCUUCGCCGCCUCCACCCGAACCCCAGGUUCGUCUCCGCACACUCCACCACCUUCCCCGCCGCCGCAUCCGCCAUGGGGGCGUACAAGUACGUGUCGGAGCUAUGGAGGAGGAAGCAGUCGGACGUGAUGCGGUUCGUGCAGCGCGUCCGGUGCUGGGAGUACAGGCAGCAGCCGGCGAUCGUCCGCCUCACCAGGCCCACACGCCCCGACAAGGCCCGCCGCCUCGGCUUCAAGGCCAAGCAGGGGUAUGUUGUUUACCGUGUCCGUGUCAGGCGUGGUGGCAGGAAGAGGCCUGUGCCUAAGGGUAUUGUCUACGGCAAGCCCAAGCACCAGGGUAUCACCCAGCUCAAGUUCCAGAGGAACAAGAGGUCUGUUGCUGAGGAGAGAGCUGGACGUAAGCUUGGUGGACUCAGGGUUCUCAACUCCUACUGGGUGAAUGAGGAUAGCACCUACAAGUACUUUGAGAUCAUCCUGGUUGAUGUGGCUCACAGUGCCAUCCGCAACGACCCAAGGAUCAACUGGCUUUGCAAGGCUGUGCACAAGCACCGUGAGCUCCGCGGUCUCACCUCUGCAGGCAAGAAGUACCGUGGCUUGCGUGGCAAGGGUCACAGGCACCACAAGAACAGGCCCUCAAGGAGAGCCACCUGGAAGCGCAACCAGACCCUCUCCCUCCGCCGCUACCGUUGAGCUCAUUCGUCUUGAUGCUCGGUUACUGUGGAAUUGGUCCCAUGCAGACUUUGAUAGUAUUUGGUAUUUUCAUUGCAUUGCCAAAUUUUGCUACUCUGGAGCAAAUGCCAUGAACUAUAUUUGCGAUUCUCCUGUGUUAUCAGUCGAUGAAACGAAUGGUUUAGUAAUCUAAUGCUGUGUGCUCUAGUGAUUCGCUUUAUGUUUCA